CAAGGACAUGUAUUGUGCCCCCCCCCACACACCCCUGAGAGUGAGUCAGCAUUUGGCCACAUUCAGAUGUAAUUAAAGGGGAAGUUGCAAAACUAACGCCCAGAUAUUAAAAAUAUACAAUGAAAUCUCCCAUAAUCCAAACCUGUUUUGAAAGAACAGACAAGUUUCCAAGGAACUUCCACUUUACUUACAAAGCUAAAGAAAUCGUAUGCUAGCAUAACACUGCAGAACUGUGCAUUGACCAUAGACCUCAUCACUAAUGACGUUUAACUUAGUCAUUCUUUGCGUGACGCCUUAUCAGAAGGGGCCGAGCUUCAUUUAGUAAUAGCCGAAGACGGCACACGCUCAUGUCCGAUUGAAGCUUGGAUUUACUUAUGAUUGGAUUUAACUACGAAAGUUGUACCGCAUACAAACAGGAAGGAUUGUCUCAGCAGUGAUUUGUUUGAGGAUUCAAGCAUCCUUCAACGCUAGCUUCCUUACACCUGGCGCUGACUCCACCUUCAAACCGUAUAAAGACGAUAGAACAAGUUUCUUCCUCAAAUCGGACUCUGAACUCAGAGCCAAGGGGAUCCAAUAUCACCUACGCACAGAGGGGCUUUCUUUCCCCGACGAUGGCGUCUGCUGGCGUGGAACUCCUGGGACUGACGCUCGCCGUGGCGGGCUGGAUAGGCGUGAUGGUGGCGUGCGGCCUUCCCAUGUGGCGUGUGGCAGCCUACGUGGGUCAAAACGUGGUCAUGUCCCAGGUCAUUUGGGAGGGCUUGUGGAUGAACUGCUCAGUUCAGAGUACAGGCCAGAUGCACUGCAAGGUCCACGACUCCAUGCUGGGGCUACCGCGGGACCUCCAAGCCGCCCGCGCCUUAGUGGUGGUCUCAGUCACGCUGGGAGUCAUAGGGGUCGCAUUGGCGACAGCGGGAGCCAAAUGCACCAAUUGCAGCCAGGAUGAAAAGGGGAAACGGCGUCUAGUGUUUGUCGGUGGGCUGGUCUUGACUCUAGCGGGGAUUCUGACGCUGAUGGCGGUGUCCUGGACGGCACACGUCAUCGUGAUGGGGUUCUACGACCCGCUUCUGGAGGAGACGGGAAAACGCGACUUUGGGAAUGCACUCUACUUUGGAUGGGCCGCGUCUUGUUUGCUCAUACUAGGGGGAGCACUGCUGUGGUGCACCUGUGGCAAGAGGAAAACCCCGCAGGUGCGCAAGGUGUCCGAAUACUCGGCUGUUAGUCGGCGUGGACGCGGGAAACAAGACUAUGUGUGAUGAGUGUUACUUUUGUGACCAGCAGGGAGAGUUAUGAGCAGUGAGUGGACAUUUAAGGACCUUGGACCUGUAUUUUUGGGGUGGUGGGUGUCUUUUUGCUUAUAUAUUCGGUGUCAACAGAACGAAAAUAGAGUUGUCCGAUAAUGACUUUUUAAUUGUAAGUCCUGAUAGGAGUUUGAGUUUUUGCAGUGUUCAAAAACAAAUAUACUGUAUGAUACCUGCUUUAUUGGAGCACAUUAGGCACCAGUGCUACUUGGUGUUUUAUCAGUGAAUGACAACUGAGCUAAAAUUGACAGUUAGCUUUAUUGUGUUUUUAUUUUACACCCUCAUCACGCUAGAGCGCUGUGUUUUUAAAGAUUAAAUAAAGCCUGUAUGAAAGACACGCUAGCUGUGCACCGACAGUAGUCCUAAUUAAAAGCAACCUAGCCCUUCGCAGGGCUAACGUUACGUUAGCA